AUGGCAUCUGCUGAAGAAGUGAAAUACGAAAGACUCGAAGCUGGGGGCGACGAGCUCGACAAUGUGCCCUUGAACGAGAAGCAGGACGCUGCUUUCGCGUCCCCGCUCCCCUGGCGGCGACGAACCUCGUUGACCACACUCGAAAUCGCGAUUCGGGUCGUAUUGGGCUUCUUCCUCGUCCUCAGCUUGCUCAACAUUGGAUUCCUGCUGGGCGACAGAAUCAUUGGGAGAAGAUGCGAUAGAGGAAUGCCUGCGAGCACCUCCUCGGACGAUACCAUCUGGACUUGGAUGGUUGAGACGGCAGUAGUUCUCAAUGUAUCUCGAGAGGAAAUGUACAGCUCUGGAAACGCCGCAGCAUUGGAGACGGUCGUCGAGCUUGAUCAGGACAACGGAGGCGGGUUCAUGGGGACACUGGAGGUCUUCCACCAAUUACACUGUCUGAAUGUCCUGCGCAAAUGGACGUACUGGGAUCACUAUGUCGACACCGAUCCAUUCUUCCAGACUCGAGCCGAUCAUCGUCGAGAGCAUGCCGACCAUUGUAUCGACGUGUUGCGCCAGGCUCUCAUGUGUAAGAGCGAUCUAGGACUCAUCCUCUUCCACUGGGUCAAGGACAUCCAAAUCCCUUCGCCGGACUUCAAUACCUUGCACCAGUGUCGCGAUCCCGAGGCGGUACUCUCCUGGGCGCAUGCGAACGAGGCCCUAGUGACGCACACCAUCGUCAAGUCGGCGGGUGUCACAGAGGCAGAGCAUCCCUUUUGA